AAAAAAGGAUGGCGCUAGCGCCUCAGACGUAACUAUCUACGGAGAAAGAAGAGCACUAGCCAAGUAAACGCAGAAAUGUGAAAACUAUAAAAAGUAAAUUUCUGAAAGACAAGUAAACGCAGAACAAAUGAGUGUUGUUGGUAGAAAACUGGAAAGGUAGAAUACUAGAAGACUUGUAUGCAGGGGAAGGCAUGACUAUUAAUCGUGUUAUGGAUCAUCAGUUCCCCAAUUUGGUGAAUUCUGUGAAUGACUCUGAGUUUGGUAAUGGGAUUAAUUUAGCAAGUUCAGAGCAAUCUAAUUUGGAUAUCGAAUUUGAGAAGUUCUGGAAUUCUGUGAACGGCUUUGAAUUCAAUAGUAGCGUUGUUUUUCCAAGUCUUGAGCAGCAACCUUUGAGUUCUUGUACUUUUGCUCCUCUGUAUAACGUGAGCUCAGAGGUUGAUUUUCCUGGUGAUUAUGAAUCCUAUCCUAUGCUCAAGUAUAUCAACCAGAUGCUCAUGGAGGACUUUUCGGAAGAGCAGCCAAACAUAUCCCCUGAUCCUCUAGCUCUAAAAGCUGCCGAGAAAUCAUUAUACCAUGUUCUUGGCAAGAGCUACCCUCCUUCGCCUCAUGAACCAGUGGCAGCCUUAGAUCAGAUUGCAGAAAGCUCACAGGAAUCCACUGAUAGUUGUAGUCAGCAUUAUACAGAUGGCUGUGACACUGAUACCAGUACUAUUGACAGCCGACCAAUUCUUGAUCCUGUUGAGUCAUCUGGGAAAGGACAUCAACCUUGGGAUAAGUAUUUCAAGUCAUCCUUUCAGACCAGCUCACUCAACUCUGUUCAUUCUCUGAGCAGUUCGAGCAAUAGUGGCGAUGGGCUAGUAGGUUUUUUAACAAAUGAGAAUAUGAUUUCCAGCUCUGUGAGUGAUAGUGAUACCAUUUUGCAGUUCAAGAAGGGGCUAGAGGAAGGUAACAAAUUCCUUCCAGCUGGGAAACUAAUGAAUAUUGAUUUAGAUAAGUACACGUUACCCUCAAAGUUGGAGAAUGCGGGUCUCGUGACCACGGGAAAGAAGGAUGAGGAGUAUUUGCGCACUGGAAUGAGAGGAAGGAAGCACCAACACCAGGAUGAUGGUGAUGCACAUCUAGGAAGAAAGUACAAACAGUCUUCUGUUUCUAUGGAAGAGGUUGAGUUGUCAGAGGCAUUUGAUAGAAUAUUGCUUUUUGGUGAUUCCAGAGGGCAAGAUUUAUGUUGUAAUGUUGAUGUUGAGCAGCCAACUCAAUUAUCUGAGGCCUUGGAUCAUGAAUCUGAUGUUAGUAAAAGUACAGAAGAAAGGCUGGGUACUGAUAAUGAAGCUCUUGACCUAAGUGCAUUAUUGCUUAACUGUGCACAUUCUGUUGUAGCUGAUGAUCGUAGGACUGCAAAUGAUCAACUAAAGCUAAUUAAACAACAUGCUUGUUCCACUGGUGACCCACAGCAGCGGUUGGCCAUUUUAUUUGCCAAUGCUCUUGAGGCACGCUUGGCAGGCAAUGGACCUGAGCUUUGUGCCACGGUAAAGUCCAAGAGGAGGUCAGCCGCUGAGGAGUUAAAAGCCUUCAGGGUUUAUCUUUGUGCUCCUUUCAGGCAGAUUGCUUCUUGCUUUGCAAACAAAAUGAUCCUUAAAGCAGCAUCAAGGGCUAAAACACUUCACAUUGUUGAUUUUGGCAUUGGCUACGGCUUUCAGUGGCCCAGCCUCAUACAACAGCUUUCUAAUAGAGAUGGUGGGCCUCCCAAGCUACGCAUUACUGGAAUAGAAUAUCCCAAACCUGGAUUUCGGCCAGCAGAAAGAAUAGAAGAGACGGGCCGUCGCUUGGCAAAAUACUGUGAAAGGUUUAAUGUACCUUUUGUGUACCAAGCAAUUCCAAUAAAGAAUUGGGAGAAAAUUAGACUUGAAGAGCUAAAGCUUACAAGAGAUGAGGUAAUUGUGGUGAACUGCCAGCUUCGUUUCAAAAACAUGCUUGAUCAGGUAGUGGAUGGUGAUUGUCCAAGGGAUGCAGUUUUAAGAUUAAUCAGAGAGAUUAAUCCUGCUAUUUUUGUGAGUGACGUUCUUAGUGGACAACUUUGUGCUCCCUUUUUCCUCACUCGGUGCAGAGAAGCACUCUUUUUUUUCUCUGCAGUGUUUGAUUUUCUUCACCAUAAUCUGCCACCCGAUGAUAAGCAGAGGUUGAAAUUUGAACAAGAAUUUAUGGGAACGGAAGUGAUGAAUAUCAUUGCAUGUGAGGGCUCGGAGAGGGUUGAGAGGGCUGAGACAUACAAGCAGUGGCAAAUCCGUUAUAAGAGGGCUGGUUUCAAAAUGCUGCCUCUGAAUCAGGAUCUUAAGAAAGAACUAAGAAGCAAAGUUAAAGAAGGGUACCACAAAGAUUUUUUAUUUGAUGAAGAAGGUGGUUGGAUACUCCAGGGGUGGAAAGGCAAGAUUAUCACAGCUUGCUCUUGUUGGGUCCCUGCCUAGACCCUUUUUUUUAAGUUUUUUUUUUUUAUUUUUUACAUUAGAAUCCUGGUGCUGCCAUGGAUGGUGUGCGGGAUAUGCAAAUUGAUAUGCUGUAGUUGUUGCUGCCUGUUAUAGGCUUGGUUUGGACGGGCUAGAGUAGUGAAAUUGCAGUAUUGAUGUCCUUUUCCGGCGUUGCUGAAAAUUGGAUUUGUCAAGAUGUGAUGUUAAUCAGUCAUGGGCUAUCUGAUCGUAAAAUUAUCUUAUAGAUACCACUAUAUAUUCUAGUCUAAACUCAUGCAUCAGUUAUCUUAGGCUUCUAGGAUGACAAUGAAAGACCAUUGAGAUUUCCAAAAGAACUCAGGAAUCUUCAGAACUUGUAAUAUGGAGUCGAUGCCAUUGACAGGUUUCUUGUGUACUUCUGGUUCAGGAUGGAAAAGAUGCUAGUGUUUCCAAUGGCAAUUGAAAAUCUGAAAUCCAUUUAUCCAAGACCUUGUGCAGAGACUGUAGUGCUGGUCAGAGAGUAGGAUCUGCAUCUUGGAUGCAUCCUAUUUUUACCAAUGUAUGGAGCUCAAAUGUUCUAAUAAAUACUUUCUGAGAUGAGAAGUAUUCCCUGGAUGCUGAUCUUACCAGGUCUGGUUCACCUUCCAACUUUCAAUAUGUAUUCACCUCUUUCUUUUUUUGCAUUUUUUUUAAUUCUUAAUUUCCGGAGCAAACUGCAGUUUCCAUUUUCCAAGUCAUUUGUUGUAGGAGUACAUUACUAUCUAUCAUUAUAUACACUCGUUCAGAUAAACAUAUUGAUUUAUGAUAUAGGAGUAUGAGAUGUAUGAAAGUUAUGAACAUCAAUGGAUAGACUACUGUCUCUUGUCA